AUGGUUUAUAUAUCAACCAUCUCAAUUGAGGAUGAUCCUACAGUUAAAGAUGUAACCUAUUCAGGUUUUAGCAUGCAAAGUAUGAGAAAAGCUCUUGAAUCUAGCGUUGAAAAAUUUUGGCAAUGCAUAGAAGUCCAAUCUAAUGACUAUAAGAUCAAAGAAGAAACUGAAAACAUUAACAUACAACGUGAAAAAUUUCGCUUAUUUACUGAAGAUUCUAUUCAACAAAGUCAUGAAAUACGAAAAUACGUUUCGAAUUUACGAUUAAUUAUUAAAGGUUUCUCCGAUCAACCUGUUUCUGAUGAUAAUUUUAAAGAAUUAGAAUCUUUAUUGGAUGUUACUAAGCGUAAUUUGGAAUCUGCUGUAUUGUUGAGGGGUCAAGCAAAUAACAUUAAAGAUGAAUUAGUAAAAAUCAGAAAUAAUCUUUAUGAAUAUAAAAAUGUUAUUCAAAAUGAUCCAAGUCAAAUUAAAUCAAAGACAAAAGACGAGUUAGACGCUGCUGAACAUGAAAUCAAAUCUUCUACCAAAGCUAUCGCUGCCGGUUCCGCUGCUGCAGGAAUCGGGACUGCGUUGACUGUAGCUUCUAUAGUUCUUGCUCCGUUUACUGCUGGUGCUAGUAUUGCUAUAGAAGCUGCUAUAGCUGGUAUUGUUGGAGGUUCAGUUGCCAUAGGUAGCGGUGUUGGUGUUGCCAUAAAAGAAGGAAUAAAACGACCGAAUAAAAAGACAAAAAGUCAUGGUAUCAAAGAGAAAUUAGAAGAAGAAAAGAAAGGAUUAACAACGAUUAUCGAGAAAAUGGAAAAAGAUCUUGAAUCAAUCGUUAUGACAAUUGGCCAACUUGUUGGAUAUUGGGAGAAUCAGUCAGAAACCAUUUCUAAUCUUUUAGAAAAAGUAACUGAAGCAAAAAAUAACGGGAGACCUAACAAUUUACUUAUCAGGACUAUUGAAAAAUGUUCUAAUGAAUUGGAAUUAGAUGAACUUUAUGCUAAAGAUUUCUGUGUCACAAUUAGAGAUAAUCCAACUAUUAAAGAUGUGACUUAUUCGGGUUUUAGUAUGCAACAUAUGAGAGAUAGUAUUAUUUCUAGUGUUAAAAACUUUUGGCAAUGCAUAGAAGUUAAAUCAAAUGAUUAUAAAAUUCAAGAAGAAACUGAAAAUAUUAACUCUCAACGUGAAAAAUUUCUAUUAUUUAUUGAAGAUUCUAUUCAACAAAGUCAUGAAAUACGAAAAUACGUUUCUAACUUACAACUAGUUAUUAAAUGUUUCGUUGAUCUACCCAUUUCUGAUGAUAAUUUUAAAGAAUUAGAAUCUUUAUUGGAUAAUACUAAACGUAAUUUAAAAUCGGCUGAAAUAUUGAUGAAUCAAGCUGAUAAUGUUAAAAAUGAAGUAGUAAAGAUCAGAAAUAAUCUUAAUAAAUAUAAAAAUGGCGUUCAGAAUAAUCCAAGUAACAUUAAAUCGAAGACAAAGGAUAAAUUAGAUAUAGUUGAAGGUGAAAUUAAAUAUUCAACCAAUGCAAUGAUUGCUGGUUCCACUGCCGCAGGGAUCGGUACUUUGUUGACUGUGGCUGCUAUAGCCCUUGCUCCAUUUACUGCUGGUGCUAGUAUUGCUAUAGAAGCAGCUGUUUUUGGUAUUAUUGGAGGAUCCGCUGUCGCAAGUGGUGGUGCUGUUGUUGCCGUAAAAGAAGGAAUAAAUAGGACAAAUAAACUGACUAAAAGCGAUGAUAUUAAAAAGAAAUUAGAAGAAGAAAAGGAAUUAUUAACAACUACUAUCGAGAAUAUGGAAAAAGAUCUUGAAUCAAUCGUUGUAACAAUUGGACGACUUAUCGGAUAUUGGGAAACUCAAGCAUCAAUCAUUUCUGAUCUUUUAGAUAAAGUUAACGCAGCAAGAGAUGAUGGGAAACCUAAUAAUUUACUUGUUGGAGCUAUUGAUAAAUCUUUGAGAGAAUUGGAAUUGGAUGAACUUUAUGCUAAAGAUUUCUGUGUCGCAGUUCGAGGUUUAUUGGCGGAAGAUCAGGCAAGGUUUAAGGGUUCACAAGGAAAACCUGCUCAUGAAGAAACUGAGAGAACAGAAACACUGAGAAUGUUUGUAAUGCCAAUGCCUGCAAUGCCUUAUUCUUUAGAGUCUGACAUUUCCAUGGUUGACAUGCAAACCUACUCAGAUAUAAUAAUGCAAAUGUCAGAUUCAGCUAUGAGAAAUAUAAUAACCAGAGCCAUGUUUUCUAUUUUUGCUUAG